AUGAAAACGCACAUCUCUCUCCCCUUUUGCUCUGUCACCGACGACAGAACACCUCACCACUUCUCCCACCCUCGUCAUCGUUCUCCACUACUGAAAAAAAAAAGUCUUCGUCGCCACCAGACGCCGCCACCUCCUCCAACGUUGUCAGCCACCUAUGAAAACGCACCUCUCCUUCACCGCUCAGUCACCGACGAACGAACACCUCACCACUUCUCCCACCCUCACCAUUGUUCUUUUGCAGAAUUCCUAAUGGUCCAUGUUCCUCCAAGUGUUCAAUUAGGAUUCUUGAUGGUCCAUAUGCCUCUAAAUGCUCUAUUAAGAUUCCUAUGCUCCAUGUGCCUCCUUUCACUAGGAUGCUCAAACAGAUCAAGUUUUCACACCCCAACAAAUAGUGCUCCUAACACAAAUACGCUUCUACCUCCCGCCUCUACACCUGCGACCUGCGACCUCCAAGUCCUUCUUCUGCUCCACGCCUCCACCUCCGGCGAACCCACCGGCGUUCUCUCCGGCGACAUCUCCGGCAUUCAGAGCUUCACUUCCGGCAACCACUCAUCCACCUCAGAGAUGAAAAGAAUGAUAGCAUUGGGAUUUGAAGGAUCAGCCAACAAGAUUGGUGUUGGUGUAGUGACUCUAGAUGGCACAAUCUUAUCAAACCCAAGACACACCUACAUCACCCCACCAGGUCAAGGAUUCCUCCCUCGUGAAACUGCCCAACACCAUUUUCAACAUAUCCUUCCCCUAAUCAAAGAAGCCCUUGAAACAGCUCAAAUUACAUUAAAGGACAUCGACUGUCUUUGUUACACAAAAGGUCCAGGAAUGGGUGCACCCUUGCAGGUUUCCGCCAUUGUUGUACGCGUUCUUUCUCAGCUAUGGAAGAUCCCAAUUGUAGGUGUCAAUCACUGUGUUGCUCAUAUUGAGAUGGGAAGAAUUGUCACUGGGGCUGAUGAUCCUGUUGUCCUCUAUGUUAGUGGUGGAAACACACAGGUGAUUGCAUAUAGUGAGGGAAGAUACAGAAUAUUUGGGGAGACAAUCGAUAUAGCUAUAGGUAACUGCUUGGACAGGUUUGCUAGGGUUUUAAUGCUGUCAAAUGAUCCAAGUCCAGGGUACAACAUUGAGCAGCUUGCAAAGAAGGGAGAAAAGUUCAUAGACCUUCCAUAUGUUGUGAAAGGAAUGGAUGUGUCGUUUAGUGGAAUAUUGAGCUACAUUGAAGCCACAGCAGAAGAAAAGCUUAAAAACAAUGAUUGUACUCCAGCAGAUUUAUGCUAUUCGUUGCAGGAGACGUUAUUUGCGAUGCUUGUUGAGAUUACAGAAAGGGCAAUGGCGCACUGUGACAAGAAAGAUGUUUUGAUUGUUGGUGGUGUUGGGUGUAAUGAAAGGUUGCAGGAGAUGAUGAGAGUGAUGUGUGGUGAAAGAGGGGGGAACUUGUUUGCAACUGAUGAUAGGUAUUGUGUUGAUAAUGGGGCUAUGAUUGCUUAUACGGGUCUUCUUGCUUUUGCUCAUGGAAGUACAACUCCGCUUGAGGAAUCCACUUUUACUCAGAGGUUUAGAACCGAUGAGGUGUUGGCUGUUUGGAGAGAUAACAAGGACACUGUUAAACACAAGACACAGGGAUCCUAAUCCUAAGGUGUUGCUGGGUUGGGUUUUAUCUUUUUCCCUUGUUUGUAACAUUGUUUCUAGUCAAUUUAUUUUGAACUAGAUGUUGUAUCAUCAGUAGGCUGGAAAUUAAAUUCUUCAACAUGAAAGAGUGGCUGAAGAAUAGUAUUUUUAUUGAUUAAGGUGGUUUUUCAUACUGUAUAAUCUCUUGGUUCC